CUUACGAUUCACGAGUGCCUCGGCAGCAUCCCGCGCCCACCGCUCGGCUUGAAAUGGGAUGAUAUGGGAUUUUUCAUGUCGACGAAGAUCGGAGGGAUUCUUAUUUUAGCCUUGGUAUUCUUGCCCCUGUUGGAGUCAGGAGAUACAGAUGUGAAGUGUGAGCACAUGUAUAAGGACUUUUCUGAUUGUGUCCUGGUGCUGGGAGAGAGCAUGGACAACUAUCAGGAGAACGUGACCAGUGAGAGGGGAGUGGCAGCCGUGUGCAGCCAUUGGGAAGCUUUCCACACAUGUGCCCUCACAGCGCUGUCCAACUGUAAAGAGGAAGUCAGCUCCAUCUGGGAGAAUCUGAGGCAUGACUCCACGAAGAUGCACUUCCACGGAAGUCUGUUCGACCUGUGCAGCCCCAGCUCCUCGCCCCGCACAAGUUCAUCUCUUGCUGCCCUUACCCUGCCCCUUAUAGGUGUGUUGAUCAUGACUGGGCCCAACUGGUUCCCCGUAUAAAUCGAGCAGGGGUGGUGGUGAGGAGAUGGAAGGGGCGAUGACGAGGUCCUCAAAUUCCUCCGAGUCCAGUCCUCCUGAGUUCAAACUUAAAGCCAAGGAUUUAAGAGGCAUGAGUGAUUGAAUAAUAAGGAGUAUUUUGACCCAGAGCCACCUGGGUCUGUGGCUAGCCAAUCAAUAUUUGCUGGCAUGAAUAAUAAUUGAAAUCCCCUCAAAUAUUCAGCUUGAUCCUCCCUUAUGUCUAGAAACUGAGAGGGUACUGUAGUUGAGAAAACUACAUUUCAGCCAAUUAAUCAGUCCAGGCAGACUAAAGCAAACAAGCCAAGUAUUCAAGGGAUUUCAGAUACAAACAGCCAGACACCUGUGGCUCCGUGUUACUAAUAUACAUGGAGUGCAGUACAAUCUAAUGCAAUGAAUAUUUAUAUACAUUAUCAUGUUCAGUUUUUGUGGCUUCAACUCUGAGGUCAUUUUUUAAAAACGGUAUUUGAGGAGUUGUUUUGGUUUCCAUUAUAUUCUAAGAUCAUAAGAAGUUAAUGUGUGCCCACUCCAUGUAUUUUAUGUGUUUGUAAUAGUUGAAGGAAUAGUUCAACAUUUUGGGAGUUGGCUGAGCAGAUUUAUACCACUCUCAUGUCCGUAUACUAAAUAUAAAGAUAUUGCCAGAAGCCAGUUAGCUUGGCUUAACACGGCUGCCGUGGCCGCUCCUGACUGAGAAAUAGUUUGACACGUCACUCCCUGUCAAACAUAUGUUGUAUCUUUUUACACGGAUUAACAGAUAAAAUGUUAAUUAGUGAGCUUUAGGCAUGACCGGACAGGGGGCUUGGUUACCUUUGGAUCUGUUUCCUCCUGUUUCCUUGUCCUUUAGCCAAGCCAAGUUAACUGGCUGUUGGCUAAAGUUGUACAUAUGGUACAGACAUGAGAGUGGUAUACAUUGUCACAUCUACUACUAGACAAGAAAUCAAAUUUAAGCAAUUUAAUCAGUGAGUUUGUAUACAUCCAGCCAAGCCAUUAUGAUGUAUUAAUGUUCACAUUGCAAGAAAACAUUUAAAGGAGCACCUCACCAAAAAUAACAACAAUGUCUUUGCAAAUCUUUUUUCUCAGUCAUUAAGAAACAAAUUGAAUAUGUUAUCACCUUAUUGAUCAGUGAAAGGCCCACACCUAAAUACAGAACCAGACAAUAAUCUGAUUUAAUUACACGAAAGCUAGCAACUAAAUAACGUUCAGAUCAUAGGUGAAAUGCCCCUUUAACAGGUUUCCACGUGUAGUGAAUGUUUGUGUAAGUGACAAUCAAGCCACUUGUAUAACACUUUGCUCCUCCAACACUUCCACCCAUUGUGGUUGAUGUUGCACGGCUGCUAUAAAGACACCAAAACCGUCAUCUUGACAUAACCUCACACGUUCACUUCCUCCUCUUUGCCUCAGCCCACACUUUGGUUCAGUCUUAGUUUAUGUAAAAAAAGAAAAUCUUAAUUGUGAAUGUUCAGUGUUGUUUCAUUAAUACCUGCUCCACAUUGUGUGAAAAUGCUCACUUUUGAUUAGCACGAUAUUACUAAAACGUUCCUUUAAAGACAUCUCAGUACUGAGUAAACACAGUAUUUAAAUGUUGCUAAUAGACAUGGGUGGAUUAUAUCACAGAAAUGUUCAAAGAAAAAAAUAAUUAUCAUUUAAAAAUCUAAAGCAAAACCUAUUUUUGGAAAAUAAAAUUUUAAAAAGUAUUACAAUUUAUGAUUGAAACAUUAAUGCAUUGCAGAAUUCAAACAAAACAGAUGAACUAUGCUGCUCAAUUUAUCUGUGUCAUGCUU